AUGGCAACAUUAACCGCUGCUAGAAACAGUCACCAUCAUCAGAAUCAGCAUCAGCAUCAGCAUCAGCAUCAUCAUUCGCAACAAAACAAUGCCAGUGCCAAUACGUUGUUGGCCAUGACUGCUGCUGGUGCAGACAAAGCACAAAAUGCCUUUCGACCCAAACUGCCGCAAGUUUGGAACAAUCAUAAUAAUAACAAUAACAAUAAUGGACGACCAGGACCAAUGACAAUGACAACAACACCAGCAAUCGCUCCCUUUGUACCACAAACAACGACAACAACAACAGCAGCAGUAACAGCAACAAGUUUGUUGGGCAAACGAUCCUUUGCCCAAAUCUCUCCAACAAUGACAAACCAACCACCAGCAUCAGCAACACCAACACCAACACCAACACCAUUGUUCUUGACGCAAACACCCACAGCAAGCUCGGCAUUGAAACCCGGUCAUUUUUGUUUGGUGGAAUUGCUACAUGCCAAAGACGAUACUGCUACUACUGCUACUGCUACUAUGGACAAUCAUAAUCACAACAACAACAACAACAACAACAGCAAGUACUACCCAAAUCUUUGGUGGCCCUGCCUCGUCUUUGAAACCAACGAGGCCCAUGGCAUUUUCCAGGAUCUCUACCUGGCGUUGCAAACGAACCGUUUGAAACACGAACAUUUGUACCACAUGAUGGCGGCGUUGCGAGCGGGUUUGAUUGAUCCCACCAAGAUCAAUCUCGCCGCGAGUCCCGUGGUGAAUUCCAAUGACAAUAAUGAAAAUAACAACCACAACCACCACAAGCCAAAGUCAUUGGUGACACUCUUGUUGGGAGAAGAACUUCCGGCUGGAUACAAACGAUCCUACUUUGACAAUGCUGCCCGCACAACGUCUGCCACGGGACGAGGCCGACGGGUCUUUAUGGUGGCCAAGGGAACGGAGUGGCAAGAGAUUGUAUUGGAUCAUUUGAUUGCGAAUCAUGUGGUGGUGGUUGGUCCCAACAAUGCAUCGUCACCCUCUCUGGUUCAAACCGCCCUGGAGCACAAUCAACUGUUGCUACAGCGCUUUGUGGAAAUGAAGCCAUCCUCCUCACCUCUAGAGUAUGAUGCUUCGGAAGUGGAUCUCUUGGCGUUGGGGGACCAAAUGCUCUUGUUGAAACAACAACAACAACAAGAAAAAGAAAAAGAAGAAGAGUCACCCUCGUUCGAGAUGGAACAAGAUAACCAUGAUGAUGACGAUGAUGAUGAAACCGCUAUGCAACAAGAGCCACCAAUGGACGAUAACGAAAGCCCAAUUGCAGAGUCACAAGGAGCAUCCCAACUCAAGUUGCCUCCACAACAAACAACACACGAUGAAGAAUCUACAAAGACUCGUUCCAAAAGUGCAUCGACGAAUGCUCCUAGAGCCACUGUCACUGUCGCUGCCUCUGCCAACGAGUCCACCACCACUACCGCCACCACUAAUGCCACAGCCACCAAAACGAAGCCAAAGGGAAGAAGUGGAAGACCUAGAAAGAAUAAGAAUCGUAAUGUGGAUCCACCAUCGGAUGACAUGGAAUUCAGAAGUGAAGAAGAAGAAGAAGGAACUGCUGCUGCGGCUGCCAACUCCUCCAAGAAGAAGCAAAAGACUGGAAGAAGGAGAAGAGGAAGAGGAAGAUCUUCCUUUCAAAGUCAAUUGAAUCCGGAUACACCCUCCGAUCUUGUCAAAUUCAAGCACAUCGGUGGCGAAGCCAAGCGACAACAGACAAAAAGACGGGGCAAGGCGACUCCCAUUCGACCACCUCGCCGGGAGGGUAUUCAGGUGCACGGAACCACGAGUGAACAAGAAUCGGAUGGUGGUGAUACCCAUUCGUUGGUGGAGGAUACUACUGCUGCUGCUACGACUACUACUAAUGACAAUGAAAAUGUAAAGGAAAGUAAUAAUGGCAAUGGAACCACAACCAUUGUCCAAGAAGAAACCACCAAGGCAGAUGAAAGUGAUGCUAAUUCUUCGGAGAGUGGAACAACAGCAACAACCACCACCACCACCACCACCGUCGAAACCAAGAAUGGUAGAGCUCUGUCCAAGACUGACAUGGCAGAGGUGCAUGAGGAGGAGGAGAUUCCUAACAACAGGGAGCAAACCAAUGCUAUGACCACCGCCACCGCCACCACUACGACUACGACCACAACGAACAAGAGCAAGAGCCACAAGACUACCAAAAGCAAAAAGUCUCCCAAAAAUUCAGUCAAGAAGUCCAACUACGAGGAUAUGGAGACACAUGUUUACAUUCCCACAUGGGCGACCGUUCGUCCAAUCUUGUUGGCUUGUGGAUACGAAUUCGGCAAGUUGUUGCCGAACUCCCAGACAAAGGUAUACGCGAGGCCAUUUGGAGCCCCGCGACAAUUUCCAAGCGCCAAACUCGGAGAGAAUUACUUUACGGAUAUGGCAUCCUUUCGGGCUCAUCUUUGUGCGCAUGGCGUUGAUUAUAUUGCGGCGCCUCCCACGGCAAAGGAGCAGUCCAUUGUCAAUCAUUGGUGCCGGUUUUCGAUUGCAUCCGAGUUUGCCAAGCCAAACGCAAACAGCCCCGACUUUAAACUCCAUCAUUACAUCAUGGAACAAAGAAAAGGUCACAAUCUAUUGCACAAGAAACUUGGGUUCAAGUACAAGGACAAAUGUCUCCAUCGGGGGUAUCAAUGGCCAGGAGAGACCAAAGACGACCAGUUGAUGGAGGAUCAAGACAUGUGGAGUCGUCUGGCCAAGUUUGGACUGCCAAAGGGUCUACCAUUGGAGAAACUAAAGGAUGAUAACGAAGUCUUGGCGUUGCUCUUGUGCAUUGUCGACGUUGACAUUGACAAACGGUCACCUGUAUUUAUCGAACGAAAGGCGCCUCCACCGCCAAGGGAUGAAGACGGUGCCACUGAGAAUGAUAAUGGUGCAGUUGAUGAGAUGGAAACCGAUUCUGCUGAGGCCAACGAGAUGGUAAGAAGUCAUCCCAAUGUUGAUGAGGUGGUUGCGUCUGAUCAACAGCAAGAAGCUGUAGCCACAAGUGAAAUGGACAUGGACAUUGAUGAUGAUCCGUCAAAGAGUGUCAACAACGCUACAGCACAAGAGCAACCAAAAACGGGACCCUCGUCACCGUCAUGUCCACAAGUGAACACUAUCCCAGCAUCACAACCUGUGGCAAUAGACUCGGAGGCUAUUGCUAGUUGCCAUCGAGCACCAGAAGCAGUCUCUCCCAUCGAGGCUCGUCAGAACCUAGGAUCUAGCUUUGCCAAAGUUCAAGCAUCUCCAGCAUCAAAUGGUGGUGUUGGCACCCAAACCAAAACCGGUCCCGUUGAAAUCGUGAACGAGAAAAGUCAGGAAACAGAAAAUGGGUCCGAUACGGUUCCAACAGCCGAUCUUGGCUGUGUCGCUGAAUUCUUUGGGGACACCACUGAUGAAGAGUCUGUUGCAAUUCCGGGAUCCAAUUGUAAUACUCCAGAGAAGCAAGAAGAAUCAUCUACUGUGGAAUCAUGGAUCACAGUAAAGUCUCCCGAAGAGGUUGCUAUUCCAGGAACCACAGCUGGGGAGAAGUUGCAAGGUUGCCUGGAAGCCUUGAAGUCCAAACAUGAUGAUAGGUUGGUAGUUGGCAGUUCCUUGGCAACUUCGUUGGACAAGAUUGACGCCUUUCUGAAGGACGUCAUCGACUCUAGAGGUCUGCUACCAAAUGCAUAUCUGCAUGUCUGUGGUGGUCCUGGGGUCGGAAAGACAGCCGGCAUCAACGCUUGCGUAAAAAAGAUGCAAAAGUACUGGUCGGCACAAGCGUGCAAAUCGAUUGAGAAGUCUCAUUUGGACAAACCUAACUUCCUUAUUUUAAAAGGUUCUGAGUUCCAGAACCUUUCAAAGGCAGAUGCCAUGGCCAAGACGUUUGAGCAAAUCGGAAAGAAAGUCCUCGUCAAGACUCUACGGAAACCAGCCGAUCUAGAAGGAUCGAAGAAGGCAGCUGUCAUUCUUGUGUUGGACGAAGUGGAUAUGCUGAUCUCAAAGCAGGGAACUGAAGAAUAUCUCCGAGAAGUCAUUGGGCACGCAUCGGACGAGAGCAUGAUGCUUGGUAUGAUUGGCAUUUCGAAUUCGAUCGAAAAUGCUGGGUUCAACAAACUUGGAUUUUCUGGCCAGAGAAUUGUCUUUGGAACUUACGAUAAGGAAGACCUUGUGGAUAUGAUCACCAGCAAGAUUGGAAAUGAAGUUGUUGACGAGAAAGUACUCACAUUUCUUGCUUCCAAAAUCUCGGGUACAAGUGGUGACAUCCGAUCAAUGCUCGGGAUCGUUGCGAGCGCGGUCGAGGCAUGCCAAGCCAAAUUGCCAACUUCCAAACUCGAGGCUCCUUUGACUGGACCAAUCGUGAGGAUGCCACAUGCAUUGAUUGCAGCAAAAGCACUCACUACAAAAGUCAAGGAAGUAAUCGACUCGUUGCCCAAAUACGAGAGAUACGUUCUAUGCUGUGGUGUUAAUCUUUCAGAAGCAUUGAUGGGACAUGAACUUACUCUCGAACGCUUCCACAGCUUGUUCACCUUCGCGUUCGGGUUCGAUCUCCAGCUCACAGUUGAAGAAUUCACAGAUGUGUUGGACCGACUUGCAGACAAGGAUUUGUUGCGGUACGAUAGAGGCAACGCGAAAGGUCCUUUCCGUUCGAGGACCAAAAUCAGGCUUGAUCUACAGUUGGAUGAUGUCGUUACCGCACUAAACAGCGGUCUCCAGAAAGAGGACUUUUUCAAGAAAAUGAACCAACGAUGUGGAGAGAUCGCUAGAUCCGUGGCUCGAAACGUGAAACAUUCGUAG